GGGACGAACCCGGGCCGGCUGAGCAUGCUGUCUCUCAGGGGCCUGGGGCCACGCCGACUCUGUAGCGCGCCUCGCUGCCUCAGAAAUCCGGGACCUCGUGGUCAUUGCCAGAGGGUGUUGAGAUGGGGCGCCCCAAGCGCUGUGCCGCGCAGGCUGAAAGGCGGCCCUCCCCUCCCUGCAGCUCAGAGAGGGUGCCAGAGGCGGAUCCUGAGCGCGUGAGGGCGACGGUCGGCGCGCUGGGCAUGAACCUGGAGGGCGGCGGCGGCCGAGGCGGAGAGUUCGGCAUGAGCUCGGUGAGCUGCGGCAACGGGAAACUCCGCCAGUGGCUGAUCGACCAGAUCGACAGCGGCAAGUACCCAGGGCUGGUGUGGGAGAACGAGGAGAAGAGCAUCUUCCGCAUCCCCUGGAAGCACGCGGGCAAACAGGACUACAACCGCGAGGAGGACGCCGCCCUCUUCAAGGCUUGGGCACUAUUUAAAGGAAAGUUCCGAGAGGGCAUCGAUAAGCCAGACCCCCCUACCUGGAAGACACGUUUGCGAUGCGCUUUGAACAAGAGCAAUGACUUUGAGGAGCUGGUGGAGAGGAGCCAGCUGGACAUCUCAGACCCCUACAAAGUAUACAGGAUUGUUCCCGAAGGAGCCAAAAAAGGAGCAAAGCAGCUGGCGCUGGAGGACCCACAGAUGGCCAUGAGCCACCCCUACAGCAUGACAGCUCCUUACCCCUCACUCCCAGCUCAGCAGGUUCAUAACUACAUGAUGACACCCCACGACCGAAGCUGGAGGGAGUACGUCCCUGAUCAGCCACACCCGGAAAUCUCGUAUCAAUGUCCUGUGCCGUUUGGACCCCGAAGCCACCACUGGCAAGGCCCGGCUUGUGAAAAUGGUUGCCAGGUGACAGGAACCUUUUAUGCUUGUGCCCCGCCUGAGUCCCAGGCCCCCGGAAUCCCCAUAGAGCCAAGCAUAAGGUCUGGUGAAGCCUUGGCGCUCUCAGACUGCCGGCUUCACAUCUCCUUGUACUACCGGGAAAUCCUGGUGAAAGAGCUGACCACGUCAAGCCCCGAAGGCUGUCGAAUCUCCCAUGGGCAAACCUAUGACGCCAGUAACCUGGACCAGGUCCUCUUCCCCUAUCCGGAGGACAACGGCCAGAGGAAAAACAUCGAGAAACUGCUGAGCCACCUGGAAAGGGGCGUGGUCCUCUGGAUGGCCCCUGAUGGGCUUUAUGCCAAAAGACUAUGUCAGAGCAGGAUCUACUGGGACGGGCCCCUGGCACUGUGCAGCGACCGGCCCAACAAACUGGAGAGAGACCAGACCUGCAAGCUCUUUGACACACCGCAGUUUUUAUCAGAGCUGCAAGCAUUUGCUCACCAUGGCCGUCCCCUGCCAAGGUUCCAAGUAACUCUGUGCUUCGGGGAAGAGUUCCCAGACCCUCAGAGGCAGCGGAAGCUCAUCACUGCUCACGUUGAACCUCUACUAGCCAGACAACUGUAUUAUUUUGCUCAACAAAACAGUGGCCAUUUCCUAAGGGGCUACGAUGUGCCUGAACACAUCAGCAGUCCGGAGGACUAUCACAGGUCGAUCCGCCAUUCUUCCAUUCAAGAAUGAAGAGCAUCGAGACGAGUGGUUUCCUUUCCCCGCAAAUAUCUGAGCUUGACGAGGACAGCUGAUUGAGCCCGCUCUUUUUGUUUUGAGAAACUUGGAAAUUGGGGCUUCAGCUCAACAGAGGAGAAUUUCAGCAAGAAUAUGCGUAGAACUUCAGCUCCAUACAAUUGACAGAUGAGCUUACCCCUAAAGGAAGGGUGGUCUUCAGGGUUUUUCUUGUAGACUGCCCUCAUUGAUGAUAACUGUGAAAAUUUGCCAAAGGGUGUGUUUACAUUUACUUAAAGGCUAUGUUUCAUUUGAUAUGGAUUAUUUCUUGCUUGAAGACUGAAAAAACUUGUGUUUCAGUAUUGACCACUAACUAGAAUAAUGAAAGCACUUAAGUGUGCUAUUUCUCAGGGAAGUAAAAUCUAAAUUUGGCAUUACUUUGCCCACAAAAGAAACAUAUUCAUACAUGUAGGAGAUGUUGCUCUUGUAGAAAAUGCUUGCUGACAGAAGGAAACAGAACGUGUGACUGAAGUCAAGCCACAGUACCUCCCACUUGGGCGCGCUCAUCUCCCAGCAUGGUCUGGGUCUCCGCCCAGGGUGGGCCCCCCUGCCCUGCCUCCUGCUGCCUCCCGUUUACUCUCUCUUCUUGGGCGCCCCCGGAAGCCAGCUGUAGAUUCCACUGCUAUUUUCUUGAGCCAAAGAGCAUUAGGGCUACCCUUGAGCGCUACAUUUUUGUUGAACCUACAAUCUAGUAAUGACUGGUUAAGAUAUUUUCGUUUGUCUUUUUGUCUCUCAUUCUAUAGAAAUUAUUGCUAAAACUUUUUCUUAAAGAAGAAAAAAAAAGAAAAAAGGCAAAUCGACAAACCCAGUACUAAAGAUAUAUUUUUGAAACUCUGCGACAUUUCCCUCUCAUCCUGUUUGUUUUGUUGGCUAUCGGUUAGUUAUCCAUGACAACACUAAAGAGGAGGGGCCAGUGCUUUCCAAAUUGGUGAACUCUGCUAGGAAAGAUGAGGACAGGAUUUCACAGAUUGCAUAACUGCACACUCACUGGGCUGUUUUUGCUUAUUUUGUAUAUUAUAUGCUUCCUCAUGCCAAUAAUGGUUUGAUGUGGCCUUAAGGUUACUGGGCUUUUUCCAAAUACUUCUUUUUGUAGACCCACUAAGAUCCACACUUGCUUAAGUAAGCCCGGUCACUUACCUGUUGCUUGUUUGCAAAAGUGCAGAUGUUUAGACUGUAAUGACGGCGUCCAAUGUUUUUGUCAUAUGACAAAAUAACUGUUAUUACUUUCAGGCUCAGCAAAAGACUUGAUAGUUCUCAAAUAUAUGCCACUCUUAUUCUAACCUAUAUUUUUUAAUCCACUCAAAAAAUCAUAUCCAUUAUAUGCAUUAGACAGAUCACAGCUCUUACCCCGCUAGGAAAGCAAUGAAGCACUGGAAUGUCAUUUUUUUUUUUUAUUUCUGAAAGGAGUGUUAAUGAUAAAAUAAUACAUAUUAACUACAGAAGAUGUAAACAGUAGAGAAGGGCAAAAAAUAAAGCACAUUCUCCUUUUUCCAGCCCCAAUCCGUCUCCCCAGAGGUAUCCACAAGGACCUUGACUCAUUCUCCCAACACAGUUCACUUUUCUAUGAAUAUACAACAACUUAAAAGAAACUCGUGGGACCGUCCUGCACACUUUUAUGCAGCGCUCUUUUAACCUGACGAUACCGGUUUACCUCAUUCUUUUUACGGGCGUGUUGUUGAAUCCACUGUGAUGGAGUCGGGGAUUCCAUUAGCUACUCAGAAUGAAGACGUUUGGACAGCAGAGUGCGUUUCGUGAACGGCAGUAACUUAUACAUCUUAUAGAUGCAAAGUGUUUUGGGGUAUAUUAUCCUAAGUGGCGAAUGAAUAUAGUACCAGAAGCCUCUGUGGCACGGCCUCAAGCGUGGCCUCUCCACUGAAGUCUCUCCCCACAGGCAGCACUGCAGAGAGGCUCCCUGGGGUCUGUCCAGGCUGUUGUAUCCGCCUAAUUCUCCCAGUAGACACUUGAUUUCAAUUGCUGUUGUGAAUUCUUUUCUUUCUUUCUUUCUUUUUUUUUCUUAACAUGAAGCUGCUCUAACACUGGAGUCACAUUUUCUAGAAAAUCCUAUUGGCUUGGGCCACUUCCCCCUUCCUCCUCUUUACGCUUACCUACAUUGACUUUGUUAAAUUUUGAGGGAUUCAAGGUGUGCACUAGUGAUUCAUGGUCAGGGUGAAGAAUCCUGACAGCUGUUUCAGGACUGUGAGAAGGAACAGCUGCCUCAUUUCUUGACUUGAUAACGUGGGAUUCGAGGACUAGAAUUUGUUUCUUCUCCGUGGCACUUGUUCUCAUCGCACUUGUUCUGCUAAAGAGCUGUGGGCUGCAGGAGAAAGGACGUGUGUCUCACAGCUGUGUGUUUCUGGCUUAUUUCUUGUUCUUGGGAUUUAGUGGAACCAUGAGCAGUAAUCAGUGUCUUCUGGAACACUCUAGAGAACUCAUUUAAAACCCAAAUCUUGGAACCUCCUCAGUCCCCGGCAAAAUGGGACAUAGAGAACCCAGUAAGACUAUUGUGUUUGAGCUAGAAAGAGGCUGCUCCAUUGGGAGAGAAAAUGUAAAUCCCUGGAGAAUGAGCAGCUCGGCAGUGUGGCUGUCCCCCAAGCACAGGUAGACCCAGGUCUGUGUGUAGGGAAAGGCAUACACUGGGCUAAGGCAUGAACAAGGCUUGCUUUCUGUCUCUGCGUGUAAACCCCAGACUUGGAACAGCUCUGGGAGUCUUGAUGCGGGUCUGACAUGGUUUCUGUCUUAGAGGCUGAGAAAUGGAUGGGCACGCCUCCCACAUGGCACAUGCCCAGAGAAGGCUUGCUCCUGCGUUGGCUGCACCAGCGAAGGACACAUGCUUUUUUUUGCAUCAGUUAUUUUUUUGGUAAAAAUCCAGGCACAGUUCAAACCCCCUUUCAUUCCUCUUUGAUCACGUUUCUCCCAUUUCUCCACAGGCGAGCAUUUUUCUGAACGUGGUGAGCUUCCUUGAGGUCUAUAUUUUCAUUACGUAGCUCCCUAAAUGGUUUGUAGCCGAGUUGCAUCUAUUUAAAUGUUGCGUCAGGGCUGUCUUGCCACACAUAUCGUUCUGCGGCUUGCUUUUCCACAACCCCGUCUUUGAGACUGAUGCAUGUCGAUGUAGGUGGAUCUCAUCCAUCCCUGCCGACUGGUGUUGAAUAGCUUGUCACAUGAAUGCAGUGAGGGCAACUUCCCUAGUAUUUAUUUUCACUGCUUUUGGGAGAGCAUGUAUAUGAGGUGUAGCUGAAGUGGAGGAGAAGAGAGAGGAGAUAUGGAAGAGAAAAGGAAAGCCAACAGCCAGUCUUCCUUCAAUGUAAACACACUUUCCUUUAGACUCUUGAGACGGCAGGAGUCUUCUAGGUAGUGGGUUCACUCCCUUGCACCCCCGUUGUGUAGACAUGUAGAUGCUAGGACCAGGCCACUCCCUUGACUUCAGUCCAGUGCUGUGCUGUGCUGGUUCCAUCCUGCUGCCCAGCCUCCCAGGCAACAGUGUCUGGAGAACGAGGUUGAACAUUCCACGGACAAUGGUUGUACAUAACUGUGUCAUGAAUUUUGGUGUAAAUAGCUUUUCAAAGAAGAUUGGUAUUUGUGAUAAUCUGAUGUUCU